GGCUCAAGGACGUAGGAGCCCGUAGGAUAGGAGUGCGCGGAGAUGGCCUGGGUUCUCGCGCUGUUGGCGCUGACACCGGCCGUUGCCGAGAAAUGGCUGGCCACGUCCGUGGGCGGUGAUGUCAUCAAGGCAGCCGGCAAUGUCACCCUGGGUGGCCAGGUAGGUUCGUACGCCUCGCUGCUGCAGGCCAGAAACCCCUCCUUGGGCGAGAUGGCUGCGAUCACGGAGUGCUGCGGUGAAGCCGCGCCCCUGGCCGAGUUCAUUGCCAAACAGGUGAACGGCAAGGCUUUCUCUGACUUGCAGGCAGAGAUCAAGAAGCAGUACAUUGGCGAUUUGCACUGCUCUGAGCCAAGCAAGAAGGAGAUCAAGAAGGAGGGCAAGUUUGAGUGCCAGUACGUCUACACCUUCAAGAAUAAGCUCUUCUCCGAUUUGAGCAAUUCGGCCUUUUGCGUCCCUGACGAUGUUUGCUCCGUGGAUGUGGUGGGCAUGACGAAGGGCACCAAAAUUGGCUACAGCGUGGUGCUGCAAAUCCUCAACAAACAUGCGGGGGAUCUGGUGCAUGCGGCACAUGGCGACAUUGGCAGUUGCCUUCAGGCCAUGAACGAAGUGAACCUUGGCCAGCACGAGAAACACCUCAAAAAGGUGAAGAAAUAUGUCAAGCUUGGCAGCCUGAAGAUCCCAACAGGUGAGACAACGAAAUAUGAGUUUGACGGCAUGAAGGAGCAAGGCAUUGCAUCCAUGUUGGGUACGUGCGCUAACUCUCCUUCGACGGGUAUGCUGUAUGUGUUCAAGAACAAGUUCUGGGACUCUGACAGUGGAAAAAUCGACAUCGUCCGUUUCAACGAGAAAAUGGCGAAAGAGGAACAGGAGGAGAAGGAGCAGGAGGAAUUGGCUGCGCUCAAGAAGAAGAUCGCAGACAUCGAGACGCAGCAAGAGGAAUUGGAGCAAGGCAUUGCGCCAAAGGAGACGGCGCCCUCGCCAGCUCCAGUUGUGGACGAAGAGUUGGAGGAACUGGAGAAGCUGCUGAAUGCCACCGAGGACUUGCGGCAGGAAGAGCAGACGAACGAGUCUGCAGCAGAGCCCGCAGUCUUGCCCGCAGCGCAGCCAGCAGCAGUCUUGCCCGCAGCGCAGCCCGCGCUGCCCGCAGCCUUGUCCCCAGUCUUGCCUGCAGCGCAGCCAGCAGCAGAGCCCGCUGCGCCGCCCGUGCUGCCUGCAGCGUUGUCUGCAGUCUUGCCCACAGCGGAGCCAGCAGCAGAGCCCGCAGCGCCGCCCGCGCUGCCCGCAGCGUUGUCCGCAGUCUUGCCCACAGCGGAGCCAGCAGCAGAGCCCGCAGCGCCGCCCGCGCUGCCCGCAGCGUUGUCCGCAGUCUUGCCCACAGCGCAGCCGGCAGCAGAGCCUGCAGCGACGCCCGCUCUGCCCGCAGCGUUGUCUGCAGUCUUGCCCACAGCGCAGCCAGCAGCAGAGCCCGCAGCGCCGCCCGAACUGCCCGCAGCGUUGUCCGCAGUCUUGCCCACAGCGCAGCCAGCAGCAGAGCCUGCAGUGCAGCCCGCGCUGCCCGCAGCGCUGACCGCAGUUUUGCCCGCAGCGCAGUCCACAACACUGCCCGAAGCACUGCUUGCAAUCUUGCCCAAAACACAGCCAGCAGAGACAACACUGCCUGCAGCACUGCUUGCAAUCUUGCCCACAACUCAGCCUGCAGCGCAGACGUCAGCAGAUUCCGUGGCAGAGACAGCCGCAGCUGAGCCGUUCUUGGCGCCAGCAGCUGAGCCAGCAGCAGAGGCGGCAGCUGAGCCGUCCGCAGAGCCAGCAACGGAGGCGGCAGCUGAGCCGUCCGCAGAGGCGGCAGCUGAGUCUGCAGAGGAGGCAGCAAAGGCGGCGGCAGCUGAGCCGUUCUUGGAGCCUGCAGAGGAGCAGGCAACAGAUUCCACAGAGGAAUCUGCAACAGAUCGCGAAGCCACGGAGGCUGCACCGUGGCAGCAGUCUGACUUUGAGCCACUGCCUUCAGCAGAGGAGGCUUUUCCAUGGCAAACGGGAUCGCAGGACUCUGCAGACACUGCGCCGCUGUACACCUAGACGGGCAGAGACGAGGUACGGUCAAAAUGCUACCUGUCCAUUGGCCAGUGUCCCUUGGAUAGAGCUGUCAGGGUUUGGGCUGUCUGGUUUUGAGAAUGCUCAGAUGCAACAUUUUGACUGUAGCUCCGGAGCCGAUUGCCAAAGGGCAGGCUCCUGUGACAUUGUGACAGCGGAGAGUAAUUAGUUGAACAUAUCUUGGCUCAAGCGCCAAGACCUGCCAAUGUGAGAAUCCUGGCUGCAGAGCAGACAGAUCUGAGUUUUACAGGGUGGUCAAUGCACCACGCGCAAGAGAGGAAAAGGC